AUGUCCAUCAGCAUUCCCCAAGGCUCGGCCGCACGACGCUUGGUCUCCUGUUUGAUGAUCACCUUGGGUGCGGGGAUGGUGGAAGGAUCACUGCUGGUGAACUGGGCCCAUGGCAACGCUGGAGGAUUUGUGCUGCGCUAUGCCAUAGAACAGCUGUUGCCCUCGCUGAUUUGGUGCACGCAAGAUGCGUCCUUGGUAGCGGAAGCCAUGGGCUUUGAACCACAGGCUCUGUUGAAAAACCUGGAAGGUAGAGAAGGGGCAUCUACUCUGCUAGCCGUUGGCCAGUGCCAUGCGGUGCGCAGUGUAUCAGCGGGUUUCAAUCUCUUGGGGCAGCUGUUUCGAUUCACUCAGAUCACCAACAAUGUGCUGAAGCAGUUCGAGCAGAAGGUGCGCUUGGGUAAAGAUGUUCCCCUCUCGUCUGGCGCCAAAGAACGCGUCAUUCGUCUCUGCGGGGAGUUCUCCUAUGCCACCUACGCAGCAAUUUCGAAGAGCGGUCGCUUUCACAUUCUGCCCGUGAUGGAUCCAGCCAGCAUGCCCAUGCUGACCGAGCAGCUCACGCAUGGCUUCAAGUACCCUUUGUUCCUGAAUGUACCCAGCAAGCUCUGGGGUCAACCAGAUGUUUGGGAACCCUUGCUGGGUCGCGCGGUGCGGCCCUCGUGGCUUCUGCAAGGCGUCGCUGGGAAGAAGGUGCUCUGUGUGGAGGUGGACGGAACCGAGAGACACGAGAUCCUACUCUUUGGCCGUGUCCGGAAGAUUGGCAUUGAGCAAGCCAGCAACGCGUUCAGGGCCAUUUCCUUUGUGAUGCUAGGCGCUUUGGCAUCGCAAGGCUUGCCUUCCUCCAGGAUUCAGCUGCUUCGGGUCUACCUGGGUGAUUCCCACGAGUUAUCCACGACCGGAAACUUGGCGCGUUUCACCUGCCGCGAACGCGUGGAGAGCCGCCGCGAAGCCGACGUCCUGGUGGACUUCCACGCGCCGAUCCUGCGGCGCCUGCGGCUCUGGGCCUUGGACAAUGCCGUGCCGGUGGACGUGGAGCAAGGUGAAGCACUGCCCACGAUUUGCUUUGAAACGACUUGCCCUGAGCGCUUCCAGAAUUUGGCCCACUUGAUGCGUGACACUGCUCAAGUGGUGGAUCAGGUUCAAGCCGUCAAGCUCUGCAAGCAGCUCAACACGACCAUCCCGCGGUUGAUCCACUACCCCUCCACUGCAGAGACGGUGAACGCGGCGUACGCCUUGGCUCGGCCGGGGGAACUCUACUGCGAUCCCAGGCACACCCUGGUCUUGUGCGAACGCGACUGGGGGGCACAAGAGAUCCGAAAGCUCAACGUGGGGUUCAAGGUCCUCUCUGCGGCCGAGAUCAUCGAUGAUCUUUUGCGAGAGGUGCGGCAAUGGGCGCGCCACGGCUUCAGUGGCCGUGAGAUCCAGACCGAGCUGGACCGUCGCGACGCCACGAUCUUGAAACUCCUUAGGCGGAUUACUUGGCUGAAUGCCAAUGUCUUUGGUUAUGCGCCCCUUGACCAAGAAACGCGAGAGGCGGCCGCUAGCGUGCCAUUGGACCGCACGCUGGAGAUCCUGAAGGAUCUCGAGGGAAAGAGCUCCACGGUGCAAAAUCCCUCGGGCUACGUGAAGGCUUCCAUCAAGCGAGAGCUUUCAGGUGAUCCACGGAAACGGCCAGCUUCCAUCGUGACAGGCCCUCCAGCGAAACGCCGGGCGUGA